AUGGUCAAACUGUGUGUCCGUGAUCUGCUGAACCCAAAGAACAAGGGCAACCUUAGAGUCCAAGAGCAACCCAGCUUAGGUCCCUACGUCGAAGAUCUAUCAAAGCUGGCAGUCCAAUCUUACAGCGAUGUUGAGACGUUAAUGGAUGAGGGCAACAAAGCCCAAACGGUUGCGGCGACAAACAUGAACAAAACGUCAUCCCAUGCGACGACCGGUAUGGAGGGCGAGAAAGUCUCAAGAAUCAGUUUGGUCAAUCUUGCUGGCUUGGAGCGGGCUAACAGUACUGGUGCUACCGGUGUGAGACUCAAGGAGGGUGCUCAGAUCAACAAAUCUCUCACCACACUUGGAAAGGUCAUCUCAGCCCUUGCUACUGCUGGAGCUUAA